GUAUAUAUACAUAUACAUAUACUUACAAUUUUAAUGUAAAAAGUGAAGAAAAAAAUUUGAAACACUUUUACCCUAAGCUUCAACAUAGUAUUGUGUAAUUGUUGAAAACACUAAAUUUCUAUGACAUUUAGCCAAUAAUUUGCUGGCACACCUAUAAAAAAUUUGUAGAUGAAUACUUCGAGAACGCUUUUAAGCUUCCUUGAGCUACAUUUGAAUAUGCAUUGAUUUUGAUAACCGCCACACAACAGCCGACAAAUUAAUAAAAUUCUACAAUGUGCGCGCCUAAUAAGGUUCACCCUAAUUACUUGUAUGGAUAUGCAACUAAAAUACUUACUAUUACCGAGUAUAAAUUUAAACAUAAAAUAAAUAGUGCCACCUUUGAAACUGAUGAUAGACCAAAAAUAUGUGUGACCAAUGGCUUAUCGUUGAUAUAUCAAAAGAACGUGCGAGUGCGUGUGGUUCCCAUGGCGAAUAAAUGAAGUGAAAAUGCUGAAACUCAAUCAAUUUAAGUGAAAUGGUUGAUAUAAAUAAACUAUAACUCAUUGCGGUAUGCUAAGUGAUAGCGGUAGUUGAUACGUUCAAGCAAAAAACUGUUCAAAGUUCGGCUAGGCGUGUUACUGCGUGAAAGUACACGGCGUAUGAGUAAUGCGUUAAUAUAUUAUCUUUGUAUGUACUUAUUGCUGUUAAAAAGGAACCUUGUGCAUAAAGUUCCAUGCCCUUAACUGUAACUCUAAAUUAAUAAAAAAUAUAUGAACAAUAUAUAUAUUGGAUUUAUGUUUAUAUAUAUUGUAUUAUAUGUGUAUGUACACAUAUAUAUUUUACAUAUGUUUACAUAUUUUCAUUGCUCGAGCUCAUUGCUGUCCACAUGUCCAUAUAUGUGCUUAUCACUGUUAUUAUUAAUUUUCAUUAUCAUUUUUUGAUAUCUUCGAGUUGACGCAUUUGAACGCAACUGGAUGUUACGCUUACAUAUGUAUGUUUAUGUAUAUGUACAUACAAGGGUCUAUGUACAUAUGUAAAUAAAAAUUUAACGAUUUUUUUUUAAUUUAAAACAAACAAUGCAAAAAUAUAUAAUAUAAUAUAUAACUGGUUCAAUGUACAAGUAUCUACAAUAUACAAAAGGUAUAUACUUAUGUAAAUAUACAUAUGUAUGUAUGUGUGCAUAGCUAAAAUAAGCAGUACAUAGCUUUUAAACAACACUUUUAAGGUAAAACAAAUAUAGCAUUCGUUUUUUGUAUCUAUAAUCUAUCUAGUAAAUAUAAUAUAAUUUUAAACACUGAUAAUGAUAUUUUUUAUCUUGUUCAUGUGUAGAAGCAUGACACCAGGCAAGAUACAAAAAUUGCAUGCACUAAAAAUGUAUAACAACAACGUUCACAUGGCUUAAAAAACCCAGAACUGCUUGCAGACGAAACAACCAACUUAAUUCUAAUCUAACCUAAAGUACAAGUGUUCUCAUUUUAUAUAAUGAUUUUUUACGUUUGUGACAGCUUGAGAACUGCUGAUCUACAUACUUAUAUAAAACAUCCACAGAAACAAACAAUAAAAAGGAUUAACUUCGGUUGCCGCUUACCGAAGCUAUAAUACCCUUUACAAAUAAAAAAUUGCCAUGCAAGAAAUUGAUUUUGAUAGAUUACUUUGUAUGACAGCUGUAUGCGAUAGUGAUUCGAUCUGAACGAUUUCAUCGGAGCUUGUAGCGUUGCCUGGGGUAAUAAUAUAUGACAAAUUUUGUGAAGACGCCUUAAAAAAUAAAGUAGUUUUACAUACAACAACUUUAUUUUGAUUGGUUAGUUUGUAUGACAGCUAUAUGUUAUAGUGGGCCGAUAUCGGCGAUUGCGACAAAUAAGCUAUCGGCGAUUGCGACAAAUAAGCAGCUUCUUGGUGAGAAAAAGAUCUUUGCAAAAUUUUAAAUCAAUAUGUCUAAAACUGAGGGACUAAUUCGCAUAUAUAUAUAUACAGACGAACAUGCCCGAUAGACGGGCAUGGCUAAAUCGACUUAGCUCGCCGAUCAACGUACAUAUAUUUUAUAGGGUCUACGACAUUUUCUUCUGGGUUUGAAAACUUCUGGCAAACUUAAUAUAAACUGUGCAGGGUAUAACAAUAUGUAGACAAAGAUAGAACAAAUUGUAAAUUAACUAUUCCAAUUAUUUAUAUAAUAAUGAAUAUUUUAGGUACUAAAAAGGAAAGGCUCAGUUUUCUUCAAGCAUAUACAUUAUUUGCAUGACAUAAGUAUACAUAUUUUAGCGUCAAACUCUUUGCACACAUCUUUAUUAAAUAUCACGAUUUUACACAGCACUAAAUUGCAUGUAAUUGAUUUAAGUUAUUCAAAUUGAACAUUUAUGGCAGGCAAUCAGUUCAUGAGACCUUGAGCUUGCUACAAUUUCGUGCGACUUUUAAUUGUUUUGAAUGUGAAAGAUUCUAGAAUAAUGAGAAUUUUGGAAAUUUAGUUAAAAAAAAAUUUGUAUGAAAGCGCUAAGUUUGGAAGUCACUGAAUAUAAGAUAAACAAGUACAAAGAUUAUGAAGACUGAAACGUCGAAAACCUGGAUUUUCGUAGUUCAAUGUUAAACAGUUAUAUGAACCCAUUGCACACAAUUUUGGGGGCAGAAAAUCUAUUGUUGAAUCAACAAGACGGUAGGCAACCAUUAUAUGCAGUAUAUAUUUUUCGAAGUAAGAUUAUAAAUAUAAUGUAUAUAAUAUUAUUUUAUCUCGUUAAUUUCGUUAACCUCAGGUAGGAGUAAAUUAUUGAUUACAUUUUAUAAAUUGGUUGGUAGACACUCCUCUCUCUCUAAAAAAGGUAUGAGCUCUUAAUUCUAACGGGAAGGUUCUCCGCCUAACGGUUGUAUAUUUUUGAAAAGCCUUUCUUAGAGGUGUCUAUCGACAUAUUUUACAGAUUACGAUGCGAAAAAAAACAUUUGUUUAUUUUGACCCACCCUAACGUAUGUAUGUAUAUACAUAUGCCUUAUUUGGAAAGGCCUUGGUUUUAUUGUCUGAUUUAGUUGGAUAUAAAUAAGGGGUGUCUUGUCCGAUAACAAAGUGGCCCGGUGAUACAGCGACAAUUCAACAAUUUUUAGUCAACGUUACCAUUCAGAAAUACAACAACAUUAACAUACAUAAGCGCUUAGCGUCUAUGUAUUAUAUUCAAGAAGUUUUUGAUAAAGAGAAAGUGCUCUUUGCCCUACAUAUAUACAUAUGUAUGUACGUACAUAUCUACUUGAAGAAGUGCAGUUAAUGAUUAAUAAUAGAUGAAAAAUAAAAAAUAAAAAGUAUGAUAAACGAACUGCAACCAAAAACUGUAUAAUUAACAUAAUAUGGUAUAACGGUAGAUUAGAACGUUGUCAUUGUAACAUGUGCAACAAGCGCUAUCUUGAAGAAUUUAUAUGGGUAAACGUAAAAAUGUAAGCUUUCAAUGGAUUAACUGAUAAAGAGCAUGCGUUAGAAGGCAUAACAGUGAAGUGUUAAAAAUUAGCAGAAUUAUAAGUAAAUGCUUAACAGCAGUAAAAGUAAGCAGUAAAACAAAGUACAUAUACAUAUCGAAUUCAAUACUAAUUGCUAGCACUACUGAAAUUGCUAAUCUAAUCAGAUCAGGCAAUGAGUCAUACAAAUCAGUUCGCGGUCGACAAACAGGUGUUCAUUAGCGCAAUAAAACGAUUCAUUGUGUACAAAAUAAUAAAUAUCAAGAUCUUACAAAAAAGUUUAUUGCAAAUAGCUGGUGGCAUAAGCGACAAUAACAAGAACUUUAUUAUCGGUAUCAUUAAACCAUGUCUAAUAUACGUCCCUUAACACCGGAGUUGGCUAAACGGGCGCAGGAGGAGCUGGGCGAAGUGCACGAACGUAUCGAUGCCGAUAUAGAACAACUACGCGAGUGGAUACAGAAACAGCCACAUCUCACAGCACGCACAGAUGAUCAGUUUUUGGUAGCAUUUCUGCGCGGCUGUAAAUAUAGCGUGGAGAAGGCGAAGCAUAAAUUUGACAACUACUAUGCAAUGCGUGCUGCAGUGCCAGAAUUAUAUAAAGAUCGUUUUGUUAGUGACGCGGCUAUUGACAUUCUACAUUCUGGUGUUUACCUACCCCUACCAAAACCCAUAGCACCUGAUGGCCCACGUAUUCAUGUCUCGCGUUAUGGCGCUUUCGAUAGUAGUAAAUAUUCCUUGGGUAAUGUAUUGAGGGUGCGCUCAAUGCUUGGCGAUAUACAAUUCCGAGAAGAUGAUAAUGCAAUGGUUAUGGGUUUUUUGGAGGUGAUAGACUUUAAAGGUGUCGGUCCUGGACAUAUUUUCCACUUCAAUGCUGUUUUGGUGAAAAAGCUCGCCGUUCUUGGUGACAAAGCAUGGCCUUAUCGUCCCAAAGGUUUCCAUUUUGUCAACGUCAAUUCGAGUUGUGAGAAAUUUUUGAACCUCGCAAAGAGUUUGAUGAGUGAUAAGAUUAAAAAGCGUUUCCACCUGCAUUCAAAUUUCGAAUCCCUCUACAAGCAUAUACCCAAAGAGUGUCUACCGGCCGAAUAUGGCGGCAGCAAUGGAACACUGGAGGACGGCAUCAAAGAGUGGGAGAAGAAAUUACUUAGUUAUAAGGAAUAUUUUGAAGAGGAAAUCAAAUAUGGUACGAAUGAAAAAUUAAGACGUGGCCGUCCAAUUAAUUCCGAAUCACUUUUCGGUAUAGACGGCUCAUUUAGAAAAUUAGAUAUUGACUAGUGUUUAUGUGUUGUUUAUCUUAUAAUUUAAUAAAAUGAGAUUUUUACUUGUCAUUAUUGUAUAUACUUGUUAUACUCGUAUGUACAAUUAAGAUAAUUCUACAAGUUUGUGAAAUUCGCAAUAUUAGCUGAAGAGUAUAUGGAAUGUACAAAACAAAAAAUAAUAAAAUAUUUAAAUGUCAAUUUUUAAAA